UUUAAAGGGGCGGGAAUCUCGAUGGCCUAUUUAAAAGAAAUCCAGAACUCGAGUACAACAUUUUCACGUGGCAAAACUAAAAUGGCACUUAGAUUGGCUGUGAUUCUCUCCCUAUUGUCUUUCACUGCGGCUCAAUCGACUUCUGUUGACUGUUUUGCUGCACGGGACUCUGGAAAUACUUGCGCUGAGAACAGUUCUUCUAGAAUGUUCUAUUAUCUUCCAAGACUUGGAACGUGUCAACCAUUCAUGUAUCAGGGAUGUGGUGGUAAUAGUAACCGGUUCAGUAGUGCACAAGAGUGUAGAUCAGCUUGUACCAAUGCUCAAGCUCAAAGAGACUCGGAGUCAAGUGAUGAAACCGUUCAAAUGAAGUCUGCUUGCUCUGCUACCUAUGACACUGACCACUUGACACCAGUGAGAUGCUCAGCAGGAGCUAAUACUUGCCCACAGGGUCAUAACUGUAUUCAAUCAUUCUGUUGUCCAACAUCCAACUAUCUUUGCAACUUGACAUAUGACUCUGGAAAGUUUGCUGUCGGAGGAGAGAAAAGUGACAAAUACUUCUGGGUUCCAAAAUACACAACUUGCAUGCGUUUCUCAUUCUAUGGAACUCUCGGAAAUGCCAACAACUUCCCCAACUACAACUCAUGUAUGGCAACCUGUGGAAAUCAAACAAGAACUUCCCAAUAAGACGAUAUUUGAAUUCCUGGAAUUAUCUGUAUUAUGAAAAACAAGUUAUUUUUAAGAGUUGGCAUUUUUGUAGUUUUUUUUCGGGUAAUUUUCAAAGUAUGAUUUAACUGUAUUAUCAUCCACUCAUAAACAAUUUUUAUCUC